UCCAGGAUGUCAUACAGACUGAGGCUGCUGGUUUUAAUUUACUCUGCAUUUCCGGCUGGAUUGUUUGUUGUAAUAGGUUAUAUGGACUGGUAUUACCUUCAUGUUCAAACCCUGUGUGCCUGUGAAAAAUGUUUGUUUGAAAGUGGUCCCCUGCUCACCAGUCAUCUGAACCCUUCUGCUGAACCGAUUCUUUCCAAAAACACUAACCUUUCUGAGAACGCUUUCAAGUGGUGGAAGAGUGUACAGAAUGAAAAACGGGAUUUUGCAUUCUUCAAACAAACAGUGAACAGACUUUUUGAGAUAUUUCCCUCCAGUCCUCAUCUUAGAAAACCAAGCGGCGACACCUGCAGGAGUUGUGCCGUUGUUGGAAAUUCUGUAAAUCUGAAAGGAUCACAUUAUGGAGCCUUGAUUGAUUUCCAAGAUGUCGUUAUAAGAAUGAACUCUGCUAAAACUAAAGGCUAUGAAGAAGAUGUCGGGACCAAAACCACUCAUCAUGUCAUGUAUCCAGAAAGUGCGGUUGAUAUACAUAAUUCCACUCAUCUUGUGCUGUUUCCAUUUAAGAUAAUGGAUCUUGAAUGGCUCAUCAAGGCUUUUACAACAGGAUUCUAUGGAGUAUCUUAUGCGCCAAUAAAAACCAAAAUUAGAGCCAAUAAAGACUUGGUGAUGGUGGUCAACCCAGCUUUUAUGAAGUAUACCCAUGAGACCUGGCUAAAAAAGAAAGGAGCAUAUCCAUCCACUGGAUUUAUGACUUUUAUUUUUGCGCUCCACAUUUGUGAUGAGGUCCAUGUGUUUGGCUUUGGGGCAGACAGUGAUGGAAACUGGAGCCAUUACUUUGAAGAGUUAAAAAAUAAAAAGUUAAAAACUGGACAGCACCCUGGACAUCAUGAAUAUGACAUCAUACAGCGCCUAGCUAAUGAGAAAACCGUAACAUUUUAUAAAGGGUCAUGAUAUUGCAUGAUAUAAACAGAAAUUGAAGUUACCUAAAAGAAACCUUGUCGGUUUUCCCAAACUUGUUUGCAUCUGUUGUUUUUAAUACACAAAAUUAUUAUCCUUUUCUGUAUAUCAAAAUCAUCUCCAAAGUUUUCUUGUGAAAAUACUUUAACUUAAUUUACCAAAUCCACAUACCAUUUAAACACUACUAAAAUAUCAGUAUCGGGCAGGGCCCUGGUGCUGAACUAAAAUGGUGGUAUCAGUAUUGGUGAGUACCAACAAAUAGGGCACCGAUACCAUUUUGAGAGCCAAAAGUUUAUUCAACUA